AUGGCGCGGCUGGUGCAUGUUACCGUUCAAGUAGGCUCAUGCUGCCUGGGCUUGGGCCUCAUAGGCCUGGGUGGCAGUUGCCUCAUCUCGCCGGUCUUUGCUGCAGAAACCUAUGGCCUUCCAAGCACUGAUGCUCAGACGCUCCAAUGGGUGAAGGUGGCCGGCAUCCGCGACUUCGGUCUCGGUGUCGCAGCCCUGGCGGUGUUUCUCUUCCACCCGCCGGCCAUGCGAGCCUUGGCGCCUAGCGCCAUGCUGGUGGCUUUGGGCGAUGCUGCGGCCCGGAGCGAGGUGAAUGGGGGCAGCCAUGACCAUGGAUGGGCCCUUUCCAGCGCCAUACCCUCACGUGCUUGGCUCCUUCGGGCUUCUGGUACUGUCCAUUUGCUCCUGGCUGGACUCGGAGCUGGAUGGCCCGAGGACCAGAUCCGAGUAUCAGAAGUUCUGAGACGUGAGGAUGGGAUCUGGAUCCAGGGUCGGGGCACCUUGGGCUUUCGAACCUCAGAGGAGUGCUUUUAG